AAUCUUUACAAGGGCUGGCAAUUGUGAAUCUGGGUCUAGCAAGCAGUCGUCGUUUUCAAGCGAUCUGAAACAAGUAUCGAGAAUGAUCAGCCUUGCAACAUCACGUUCUCUUUGCGUUGUGGAUGAGUUUGGAAAGGGAACUUUAGUUGCAGAUGGUGUAGGUCUCCUUUGCUCCACACUUGGGUUCAUGGCAGCUCAACCGAUUCCACCCAAGCUACUGGUUUGCACCCACUUCAGCGAAAUCAUGAAUCAAAACCUCCUGAAUCCUUCUGCACAAAUUACAUUCUGCACCAUGGCUAUAUUGGAGCAACCUGAAACUGUUGAAGGGUCAAACGAAAUCACAUUUCUGUACCGCCUUAAACCUGGCCGUAACCUAGACAGCCAUGGAAUACACUGUGCUCGUCUAGCAGGACUUCCUCCAGCCGUGCUUGAACGCUCUCGUGAAAUCCAAUCCAAGAUUCAGGCGGGAAUACCUGUUGAAAGGCUGUCUAAUGCUCGCACAUCUGGGAGGGAUAAAUGCUACAAG